UUAAAUAAUCGUCGAGUUUUCGGAGACGUGCGAAAACAGAAACACGUCAACGCGCGGUAAGAGAUCUCUGGUGAAACAUCGAUACACGGUGUGAACGAAACGCGUUGCGGAGUAAAGAAAAAAAACAAAAAAAAAAAAAGAAAAAAAAGCAAAAGUGUCCCAAGUGAUUUCGCCUAUGUGUACACGAGGUUUGUACGAAACGUUCGGAAUCGCGGUGGAAGAAGAAUAAGAGAAGAGAAAAGAAAGAAAGAGAAAAAAAAAAAGUGCAUCGUGUGUGAUGGAAAAUUUGAUUUAGGUACUCGAACGUUGCGGUUCGGUUUUCAAUUGCAGUGUUUGUUUGUUCCUCGAAUCGUAUCGUGGAAAAAGUGUUGAAGAUAUUUCAUCGACUUGUAAAGUAACAAGGAAAAAUAAAAAAAAAUAAAAAAAUAAAAACAUCCCCCACCCCCCUGGGUGAUAAGAAGGUCGAGGGAACUUUCGUAAAAGCGCAAGGAUCGCAAGGGAAGAGGCCGAUCGAUACCCUCGAUCGCGAGGUGCGGGAAGCGCAGUUUUCAUCGAUCGUAGCCUCGAAUUCUUCAGGGUGGUUCGAGGGGGGUCGGGAGGCGCGGACGCCCUGGCGACGGCCGGGGUGGCGUACCCGCCCGCGACGGCGACCCUUUUUCCUGCGCGAGUACCUCCACAUACCGAGUUUACCACGUUGGAGCUGGGUUUCUCAUCGCGAGGGACCUCCGCCUCUAUGGCGUUGGUCGCCCCGCCGCCCUCGUGGGCCUCGCGGGAUCCCGGGGCCUCUAUAGGCGGGGGGCCCCUGCAGGUGGGGCCCCCCCCGCCGAUGCCGCCAACGCACCUGACCCCGUCCGCAACCCCGGAGGACAUAACGGCCCUCGUUCCCGUCGGUAGCGUUCUCACCCCCAGGGAUCCACUGCCGCCCAGCACCACCCCCGGAAGUCAGGCGAACAGCUCGCAGUCCGGAAGCUCGCAGACCGACAAAUCGCCGAAUAUAGAGUGCGUCGUUUGCGGGGACAAGAGCAGCGGCAAACAUUACGGACAAUUCACCUGCGAGGGAUGUAAGAGCUUUUUCAAGAGGAGCGUCAGGAGAAACUUGACAUACUCCUGUCGGGGGGCACGCAACUGUCCCAUAGACCAACACCACCGUAACCAGUGCCAGUUCUGUCGUCUCAAGAAGUGCCUGAAGAUGGGCAUGCGGCGGGAAGGUAUGCAUUCUGUCCAACGGGGACGCGUUCCAGCGUCGCAACCCUCGCUCUCGGGUAUCCCGGGUCAAUUUACCUUGACGAACGGCGACACAGUGGCUUGCGCUGGUCUGAACGGACACUCCUACCUCUCCUCGUACAUAAGCCUCCUCCUCAGGGCCGAGCCUUACCCAACGUCGAGGUACGGCCAGUGUAUGCAGCCGAACAACAUCAUGGGUAUCGAUAACAUCUGCGAGUUGGCGGCUCGGCUCCUCUUCUCCGCGGUCGAGUGGGCCAGGAACAUCCCCUUCUUCCCCGACCUCCAGGUCACGGACCAGGUCGCCCUCCUGAGGCUAGUUUGGAGCGAGUUGUUCGUCCUGAACGCUAGCCAGUGCUCGAUGCCGCUCCACGUGGCACCGCUGCUGGCGGCCGCGGGUCUCCACGCUUCCCCCAUGGCAGCGGACCGGGUAGUCGCCUUCAUGGACCACAUACGAAUAUUCCAAGAGCAAGUGGAGAAGCUGAAAGCCCUCCACGUCGACUCCGCGGAGUACAGCUGUCUCAAGGCCAUCGUGCUCUUCACAACAGACGCAUGCGGUCUGUCGGACGUCGGGCACAUCGAGUCCCUUCAGGAGAAGUCGCAGUGCGCCCUGGAGGAGUACUGCAGGACGCAAUACCCGAACCAGCCGACGAGGUUCGGCAAACUCUUGCUGCGACUCCCGUCCCUGAGGACAGUGUCGUCGCAGGUUAUCGAGCAGCUGUUCUUCGUCCGGCUGGUCGGAAAGACGCCGAUCGAGACCCUUAUCCGAGACAUGCUCCUCUCCGGAAGCAGCUUCAGCUGGCCCUACAUGCCCUCGAUGUGACACUCCGUCUGGCGGCAGCUAGCUUCCGCGUAAUACCUCGCAAGGUGAACGGUUUAUUCGACAUGGAAUAAGAGUAGUGGUACAAUUGAUAGAUCUGGACCGUGACGCGAGGCUAAGUUCCGUUCGUUCUGCGGUUGGCAGAGUUCAGUAUGUGUAUAAAACAAAAAACAAAAAACAAAAAAAAAAACACAAAAAAAAAAUAACAAUAAUGAAAAACCCCAGCCCACCCUAAAGUAAUCCGUUUUCACCUAGGCUUCUAAUUUUCUCUCCAAAACAUCAUCAUCGUCAUCUCUUUCACCGAUCGUCGAGGAUUGAGGAAUGAGCGCGAAAAUUCAAUGUCACAUAGAACGAAAACUCUUCCAGCUGAGCUGUGAAACGACCAUUGUACGUUGUAAUAUGAUAAUAAAGUGCAAAACGACGCCGUCGGAUCCUAAUCAAAAUGUUUCACACAGAGUUGAAACACUUGCCGUUGAAACAAGGAUAUGGAAUCACGGAUAUCCGCAACGAAAUUAUUUACACUGUAAAUGAAAAAAAAAAAAAAGAAAAAAAAAAAAACGGUGGGUAUGACGAAUCGCGAUUACCAAAUUUACGGACACUUGUACCUAUAUAGGCACUAAUUAUAUAUACUAAACAGUCUGCGUACUGACCGCGCCUAGAGUUAGGAAGAUAGUUGAAAAAUUAUGCAAUUUAUAAUAUUGCGCAGGAUAUAUUGGAACGCGUUUGUAAAUAUGAAGAUGAGAGGUCGAAGCGCUGUGAGGAUUAAUUAUCGUACUUACUGUGGAUCAACAAUUUGAGAAACCGUUGACAAUUGUUUACCACAUCUUUUGAAUUCACUUGGCGUACAGUCCUCUCUCAUUAUAUGACCGAUCACGGGGCUGCAGAGGAAUUAUAAAGUUACCGGAGAUCGAAUCUUCGCACUAUUGAUCAGCGUUAUCGCGAGAAAGGACUGUAGAAUAAUUUUAGUCAUUUAAUGACGCGCUCCAAGUUGUUUAGUUUUCGAAUUCGAAUUUUUGUAUUCGUAGUAAUUGAAAUUGGUAUAAGAAUCCAAUAUAACCUGUUCUCAAGUUAUACCGCUUAUCUUUUGCUGUCUUAUGCGAUUUUUCGUUGUUUUUGGUUGUUUUAUUAUCUCAUUUGUUAUCAAUUCACUCCAAUCCUUCCAUCUGAUCGAGACUUAAUCACUCCUAUUAUAACAAUUCAAAAAACCACCUCAACAUUCAUUUAUCAGUUACAUCGAUUUGAGGAAGUGUACUAAAAUCAAACGAUGCGUGAACUCCUUGAAAUAAAAUUCGUAUACCCUAGAUGUGAAAAAUAUAGCAUCCCUCGGACAAUUUUCGAAAAAUUAAAAAAGUUUACAUUUGAUGACGUUUUAAGUUUUUCGAUCCUCCAAAAAACGUGAUCAGUAUACCAAAUUUGCAAAAAAAAAUUCGAAUCCAUUCUCUUCCUGCACUACAAUUCUACAUUUUGGUUCACCGAUUACUGGUUAAAAGUAAAUAUAAAUAUUGGAUGGUACAACAUCUUUGACUGAAGAAAUCUAGUAAAUUUCACGAUUUAUUUCAAUAAGUUCAAAAAUAUAGAUACUAUUCAUUGUUUGAAGGCCAAUAGAUCGUCUCAACAUGUGUAUAUAAUCCACCGUGAUUCAACGCAAUCAAUUAAUUCCUCUGAUCCAUUCAUUAUUCGUUUAUUCAUUCGCUCAUUCAUUCACUCAUUCGUUCAUUCAUUCGCCAAUUCAAUCAUUCAUUCAUUCAUUCUCUAACCAAGAAAAAUCGAAUCGCCGGACUGAUGGUUCAACCCCGAAAGCAAGAAGUUCAGGAAUUCAUGUGACACUGUAAAAUUACAAACCGCCAAAAACAUUCGUCAAUGAGCCUGAGCUUUUCGCGUGGGAUGUU